GGGACGGGGGCGGAGCCGGUGGCGAUGACAACAGCCCCACGUGACCUGCCAAGCGAGUCUGGUCUCGCUCUGGCGUCAGAGCCGCUGUCGCUCGCUCCCUUCUCGGCGGCGGUACCUGCUCCAGGUGUCCCUGAGGACGUGCGGGCCGGGGCGGCCCCGAAAGUAGGAAGCGGAGGGGAAGCAGGUCUGCAGGCCUAAGUGUCCGGCGGCGCACCUCGCGUCAAGAAUCGGGAGGAGGAAGAGAUCGCAAGGAUAGGCACAGGAGUAAUGGAGUCCAAAGAGGAACGAGCGUUAAACAAUCUCAACGUGGAAAAUGUCAACCAGGAAAAUGAAGAAAAAGAUGAAAAGAAGCAACUUGCUAAUAAAGGGGAGCCCUUGGCCCUCCCUUUGGAUGCUGGUGAAUACUGUGUGCCCAGAGGAAAUCGUAGGCGGUUCCGCGUUAGGCAGCCCAUCCUGCAGUAUAGAUGGGACAUGAUGCAUAGGCUUGGAGAACCACAGGCAAGGAUGAGAGAGGAGAAUAUGGAAAGGCUUGGGGAGGAGGUGAGACAGCUGAUGGAAAAGCUGAGGGAAAAGCAGUUGAGUCAUAGUCUGCGGGCUGUCAGCACUGACCCCCCUCACCAUGACCAUCACGAUGAGUUUUGCCUUAUGCCCUGAAUCCUGAUGAUUUCCCUGAAGUUAAUAUGAAGACCCCUGCUUCCUAAACUUACAUAUUUGUGGUGUACCUUUGUUGCAAACCUUUUGAUGUUACUUAUUUCUUGUGGGUCUCCUGAUACCAGCUUCUAACUGAAUGUUGUUUCUGACCCAGUUUGUAAGUUUCUGUCAGCAGGGGAGUUUUACCUAUUGCAUGGAAAGAUGCUCAUUAUAUAUUGUGAUGUUAAUAAAGCAGUUUUAAAAAGCA